GAAUAUCCAAAAAAUAAACAACAACAUCUGUGCAAAACAAUACAUUUUGAAAAUGCGAAUAUAUUGAAAUUGUAAUAUUCAAACAAUAUAAAUGCUUGUGCCCCGGCUUACCCCAAUCCUCCAUAGAUGCUCAAUGGCGUUUUACGCGGUGGCCAGCGGGAGAAAGUGUGGCAUCUACGACACCUGGGCGCAGUGUGAGGAGCAGGUGAAGGGCUUUAAGAACGCCAAAUACAAGAAGUUCAACACGCGCCAGGAGGCGGAGCAUUUCGUAAAUGCAACCAAAUCGUAUGCUCCCCAUGAAGUGGCUGUGCCCCUGGGCCAGAAACAGCCGGCUCCACCGAGUUGGAAGAUCAAGAUCGAGAGGCUGUCGAAGCCCAAGUACACAGAGGCCUGGCCGGACGAGGAUCACGACCUGGCAGAGAGUGAGCUGAAUGCAGCCAUGAACGAAGUGGAGGGUGAUCCCAGACCAUCUAGCAGUGGAAAGUUGCCAGACAAAUAUUACCUUAAGCGCAAGGGAGCCGGUGGCGGAGGCGACGAUGGGAGAACCAAGAUCCCUCGGUAUGACUCCCAGGUCUCAGAAGCCACGGGCAUGAAGCAAGUGGGUGCCUUCCAGUUUGAAAUCGAUGAGGAAGGCUAUGUAAUCGUGUACACAGAUGGAUCCUGCAUUGGGAACGGACGACCUAACGCUUGCGCCGGAUUCGGAGUGUACUUUGGGGAGAAUCAUCAGCUCAAUGCAGCGAAGCCCGUGGGAGGACGUGCCACCAACAACGUGGGCGAGAUACAGGCAGCCAUCUAUGCCAUCAAAACUGCCUUGGAUCUGGGAAUCAAGAAAUUGUGCAUCAGCACAGACUCUCAGUUCCUGAUUAACUCCAUUACGCUGUGGGUGCCGAGCUGGAAGAAAAAAAAUUGGAAGCUAAAGAACAAUCAGCCCGUGAAGAACGUUGUCGACUUCAAGGAACUGGAUGAACUUCUGCAGAGUCGAGACAUCACUGUGAAAUGGAACUACGUGGAGGCCCACAAAGGCAUAAAAGGUAACGAAAUGGCCGAUCAGUUGGCGCGCCAAGGAUCUGAUUUGUACAAGAAACUUAAUUUCUGAUAACGAGCAUUUUUAAAUUUAUCGCGUAUUCUACUUUAUUCAAUGUGAACAGUUUGGCAGCCCUGAAUAAAUUAAGCAGACGUGGCAACCCUA